AUGGGCGGCAUCGCCGAGGAGCUUGCCCGCGAGGGCGCCAACUUGGUCUGCGUCGAUGUCCGCGAGGAAUAUGCCGGGAAAUGCGCCGCAGCCAUCGUCGCCGAAGGGCACGAGGCCAUCGGCGUAGCCUGCGACGUUACCGAUGAGGAACAGGUGCUCGCCGCCAUCUCCGCGGCCACGGAACGGUUCGGGGGCGUGGACAUUCUGGUGAACGGCGCGGCCCAGUUCAAUUUCAAGGGCGUGUUGAACAUGCCGCUCGAUGAGUGGCGCCGCCAGACCGACAUCAUUCUCACCGGUGCGUUCCUGUUCACCAAGUACGUGGCCCAUUCGAUGAUCCAGCAGGACCGGAAGGGCAACAUCAUUAACAUCAUCUCCACCGCCGGACACCAGGGCGAGCCCGGCAACGUGGGCUACGGCACCGCCAAGGCUGGGCUGAUGAACUUCACCCGUUCGGUGGCUAUGGAACUUGCCCGGUACGGCAUCCGGGUCAACAGCCUGACGCCCACUGCCACAGGCCAGUCGGAGGCACUGGAACGGGCGGCCAGGUGGGGUGUGGAAGACUGGCCGGGACCCCGAUUGGGACAGCGCGCCUCGGGCCUGCUGCCCGACGCCAGCAGGGGCGCCCCCCUGCUCAAGCUCCCCAGCCCGUCGCAUUACGGCAAGGCUGCGGUCUUUCUGGCAUCCGAUGACGCUGAAAUGAUCACCGGUUUCGACCUGCGCGUCGAUGCUGGUGCCGUUUCCAGGUACUGGAUCUGGUCUCCGGGAGACGCUUAA